AUGAAAUUCAUCACCUCCCUCGUUAUGCUGGCAGCCGCCGCCAUCGCUGCACCCAUCGCUAGCUCUUCACCCAAGCACUUCCACCUUAAGUCUACAGGCGCCACCAACGCAGAACACAACAACCUCUACGUCUACGCAUACCACACGGGCGCAGGCCUCAACGACGCCGUCUUGACCUCAGACAUCAACACAGCCAGCUCGGUAUACCUGAAUGGCACCAAUGCCCUCUUUGACCUCAAGACUGAAUUCCCCUGGGGAGUCGUUGCCGUCGGCGACACCAACUAUGCCUCCUGGGAACCUAUUCUGAUUAAUGCCGGCCAAGGCAGCGAUGGAUUUUCAGUCAAGGGCAACAACUUCCAAUGGUCGGAAGCCAGCGGCUUCGGUGGAUGGCUCGUUUGUGACUGGUAUCACAACGCGCCCCAGCUCUUCUACCUGAACCGCUACUAUAGCGCCACUAUCCCCUCCAGCUGCAGCAAGGUUCAGCUGCAGGCCGAAUACAUUAACUAG